CAAAUCCAACUGCACCGACAUGAUUUUUAUUUAAAAAAAAAAAAAAGAAAUCCAAAGAAAUCCAGUACGAGAACACUUUCCCUUCUGCGGAGCAAUUUCCUAGUCAUUUCCCUAAAGUCGUCGCCUUUCUCUCAAAAUGCCGGUUUCACUCGGCUCAUCUGCUUCCGAGUUUCAAUGAUGUGCUAGCUUGUUGGAAAUCUUUCUGUUGGUGAUCGCCCCAUCUCUGGGAGAUCUUGGAGUUCUACUUGCCCUGCCUCCGCGGAAAUUUGUGAGUCCAUGUGGAACCUGAACUUACCUAGAAGUUGGACAAUUCUAAGAUAUUGCAACUGAACCAACCCUCACCAUCGACAAGGGCAAGUUCAGUACUGCAUCCAGCCUGGUUGUGCUGGUACUAAUGUCUUUCCAAGUCCGAAAUUCCUGCAUAUUCAGUCGUCUCGACAUUUAUUUGUAGAAACUAUAACCUUCAAUGGUUGGAGGCUUGUUGAUAUUGUCGCUCAGGUAGUGUGUCUGGAUAUCAUCAGUCGAAGGGUGCAUGCUGAAGGUGAGGAAAGGUCUGCCCAGUCAGUGAUGGAUGGGAAUGGAACAGGGAUGAGAGGGGACUAAAGCAGUGGAGUUGUUUUUCAUAGUUUGAUUCAUCCGUUUCUCUGGGGAAUGCAGCUCCAGAAUAACUUGUAACUUUUUAGUCAAAUCGGUUCUGAGAUCAUGGAGAUUGGAAUAACCCUUUUUUGAAGAUAUUUCUCUGUCUUUGGGUUUAAGAGAAGUUAGCAAAGCUUUUCCCUCAUUGCAGCUCUGCUACUGAUAGUCUUCAUUCAUCAGCAGUAGACCGGUGAAGUUGCCUGAGGGUCAGUAGCUGGCAGGGGUAAGCCAAGGGACAAGUUAUGGGAUCACGCAGAAGUCGUGCUGAAUGAAGGUGAAGCCAAGGAUCGUUGGAAGUGAUAAAUUUAGAAUUGAAGAAAUGCGCUUUUGUCUGUGCAAAAAUGACUCUUAUGGUAGGAUCUCUGUUUUCUGGUUUUUCAGCUGCCUGAGGUUCAGUAGCUGGCAUGGGUAAGCCCAGGGAUAAGUUCUGGGAUUACGCCGAAAUCAUACCAAAUGAAGGUGAAGGUAAAGAUAAAGGGACUCGUUGGAAGUGUAAGUUAUGCAACAAAAUAUCUUCCGGGGGUGCUUCUAGGAUAAAGGCGCAUUUGGCUAAGGUUGAAUGCGAAGGAAUUAAAGUUUGUGAAGCAGUUGAUGAAGCUACAAUGAAAGCAGCUAAGGAGGCCCUUGAAGCGCUGGAUUCAAAUAAAAGGCCUAGAAGGAGAAGGAGGCUGGAUUCUGGAACCUGUUCAACCCCGGUGAACCCACAGGUGGCAGAUUUGCAAAGUACUCUGCCAUUUCUUGGCCAGAGCAACCUCGAUGGACAAAUGCAGAGGAGUCCUGAUGCAAUUCAAAGAGUUGGAUUUUCUGGGCAAAGUGAGCACAUAGACCUAGUUGACAUCUCGACUAGCUCUGGCUUUGGGGAAUCUAUUGUGGGUGCAAGGAUGCAAGAAUUAGAGAAUGAAAUACAGGUAGAAGGUCCAUUGGAUGCUCAAGGAUACAUCAAUGACCAAAGUAAUGUGCCAUGUUCAAGUUUUGAUACUGCAGAAGCUGACAGGUCGGGUUGGCAUCAACACAGCACUCUCCAACCUCAAGAACUGCUGUCCUUGUCGGAGGAUCAGUGUAGUUUGAUGGUGCGUGACUUACAAAGGGAGAAUGUGAAUGAAGCAUCGCCCGAGAUCCAAUCCUUCCAACCAGAUGGCCACAUUCUGCUACCUGUGAUUGCUCGGUCAUCUCUUGCUAAAAGCACAUACAAUUUACCACCACAAGGGACGUCAGAGGUUAAUAUCAACCCAGUGCAAGAUGAGCCUGAUCCAGUAGUCGAAGCUGGCCAAGCUAUUACCGUUAUGCCCGUGCAAUCCAAUCAUUUUGAUCCAAUGCAUAUUGAUCCAGAUCCCAAAAAUGAAGCCAAUGGGGGCAUUGCUUCGGUUCUCCCACUGCCUUCUUCUGGGUCAACCUCGGUUGCAAGGGAGAUUAGAAAACACAAGAUGUUAGCACCCAAAUUAGUGGGUGGAGAACGGAUUGUGGAUGAGCUCUGGGAGUACUUAAUGAAAAAUGAUAUAUUAUGCAUCGGAGUCUAUGGGAUGGGGGGAGUGGGGAAAACCACAACCAUGAAACACCUCUAUAAUAAAGUGCAGGACACUGGUGCCUUUGAGAAUGUAUUUUGGGUGACGGUGUCAAAAGACUGCAAUAUCCACGAGCUUCAAAAUAAGAUUGCCCAAGUCCUCGAGGUUCUUGACCUUUUCAAGGAUGUUGACGAAGGGAUGAGGGCUACGUUGUUGUUCAACCAUUUGAGCGAGAAAAAGAAGUGUCUAUUUAUUUUAGAUGAUAUGUGGCGACAUUUUGAGCUUGCAGAAGUUGGAAUUCCAGUCAAAAGAGAUGGUAUUCGGCUGGUCCUAACAACACGAUAUCUUGAUGUUUGCGAAAAGAUGUUGUGUCAAGCGAAAAUUGGAGUUCGACCUCUAUCCGAUGAAGAAGCAUGGGCAUUAUUUGUACAGACACUUGAUUCUGAUCUACCUCCUAGUCGGAAACUUGUUGCUGAGCAUAUUGUUAAGGAGUGCAAAGGCUUGCCGUUAGCUAUUGUUGUUAUGGCGGGAAGCAUGAGGGGAGAGGUCGAGGAUCAUGUGUGGGAAGCCACGCUGGAAAAUUUAAAACGACCAGGAGUUCUGCAACAGAGUAUGAAACAGGAUGUUUUUCCGAUUCUGGUGCAGAGUUACAACCGCCUGGAGGAGAAGAAGCAGCAAUGUUUUUCACUGUGUGCUCUAUAUCCCGAAGAUUGGUCAAUCCCUAGACCAGAACUGAUAGAACUUUGUAUUGAUGAGGGGGUGAUUCGUGAAGAUAGGAGGCGGAAGAUGUAUAACGAAGGGCACAGAUUAUUAGAUGAACUUGAAAAGGCGUGCCUCUUGGAGGGACACGAUAAAGGAUUCAGGUUGCUUGGAGAUACUGCAGAGAGUAGUAAAAAAGUUAGGAUGCAUGAUGUGACUCGGGAUAUGGCACUGCACAUCAUGAACGCGAACAACGCCCCAUGCAUGGUGAAAUCUGGCUUGGGUAUGGAAGAUGUGCCGGAUGAUGAGGAAUGGUUGCCUAAUCUUCAGAAGGUCUCCUUGAUGCGGAAUCGCAUAAAAGCAGUUCCGUCCUCCAUAUCACCAAACUGUCCUCAACUUGCAACUCUGUUGUUGAAUGACUGUUCGAGAUUGCAUAAAAUCUCAAAACGUUUCUUUCAGCGUACGCAGGGGUUGAAGGUCAUUAAUUUGAGCAAUACUGAAAUCACAAAAGUGCCAAAAUCUGUCAGGAACUUGAAAAAGUUGAACGCGCUUAUACUCAACGGGUGCUUUCGAUUAUCUCGUAUUCCGUCCUUGGCGAAGUUGACAUUGUUAAGGAAGUUGGACCUCCGAGACUGUGAAGAGAUAAAAGAAGUACCGGAUGGUUUGGGGAUGUUGGUUAAUCUUACAUAUCUCUGCUUAAGCGAGACGGGGAUUGAAAGGAUUCCAGAUGGAGUAGUCUGUAAGUUAAAGAAGCUACAACACCUUGAAGCGGAUAAUGUUGCAGUGAAGGGAGAAGAAGUUGGAAAAUUAAGGAAGUUGGAGGCACUCCGAUGUCGUUUUGAAAACGUGAAUGAGCUGAAUGAGUACACGCGGCAUGCGACAACUAUUAGAGUCAUUCAAUCUCGUCAUAGGACGACUUCCACAUGGCUUCUAUGGUGUUUAUAGUGGAAAAGAUGUUAUAAUGAAUGAACUAGAGAAUGAGAUAAGAGAAACUUGUCAUUUCCCAAGAGACAUGAAGAUAUUGAUGAUUUCGGAGGUGAAUACUGUUGAUAUAUCCAGUUUUAUGGGACUGGGUAGGAAUGAGGUGUCAGCACUGGGUGGGAGUGGGGGACAGCUGGAGGAACGAACUUCUCCACCACCACCAGAAGACCACUGCCCCAGUCUCAAGGAGCUACAUAUCUCUUGUUGUCCAAAAUUGAAGCAUCUGUUGGUGCCCAGACACAGCUGCAAUCCGUACCUUAAGAAACUAGAAAAGCUCGUGAUAUACGACUGCGAGGAGCUAGAGAGUAUAAUAGACGAAGAAGAAUCACUGACAUCAUCAACAUCACCACUGCCACCCGACGCUUUCUGCCAACUCCAAUCAAUUCAUAUCGAGGACUGCCCAAAGAUGAAGAAUGUGGUGGGGCCUGAAUUGCUUCCUCUUCUCCGUAACCUCCAGCGGAUUCGAGUUAAUCAGGCCUCCAAUAUGGAGGAGAUAAUAGCAGUGCCAUCCCUUUCCCCACCACCACCUGGAGACCGCUGCCCCAAUCUCGAGGAGCUACAUAUCUCUAGAUGUCCAAAAUUGAAGCAUCUGUUGGUGACCAGACACAGCUGCAAUCUGUACCUUAAGAAACUAGUAAAGCUCGAGAUAGAAUGCUGCGAGGAGGUGGAGAGUAUAAUAGGAGCAGCAACAGACGAAGAAGAAUCACUGACAUCAUCAACAUCACCACUGCCACCUGACGCUUUCUCCCAACUCCAAUCUAUUAAAAUAGCCGGUUGUCCAAAGAUGAAGUCUAUGGUGGUGCCAAAAUCGCUUCCUGUUCUUAGGAAAAUAGAAUUAAGUGGAUGUGCUCAGAUGAAGAGGGUGCUAACUCUUGAGUUAUUCAGGCUCCUCCCCAACCUCCAGACUAUCAUUGUUGUUGGUUGCAAAGAGAUGAAGGAGGUUAUAGGCGGCCAAGAAUUAGACCGCGGAGCCACCAGUAGCUUGUUGUUGUCCCCCAUUCCAGCGGCAUAUCCUGGUGAUCAAUUAAGUACAAGAAAGCUGACCUUGGAAUUAUACCGCCUUGAGGAGCUGGAGAGCAUAUGCAGUUGGACCGGAAUUCGGGAUCUCAUACAUGUCAUUCAGAUAAGUGGAUGUCCAAAGCUGAAGAGGAUUGAAAUGCUAGAUGAUGCUUCCCCUCCCCCUUCUCUUAAGGAGAUAGUACUAAUAGAAGAAGUGGAUGGAAAUAGAGAAAGACAAUGGUGGGAUACUCUGGAGUGGGUCCACCCUGAGGCCAAGACUACCCUUGAACCCUAUGUGUUUGUGCUUGUUGAAACGUUUACACAAAAAACUCCUUUACGAGAAUGCCGGUCGGAAUCGUCAGCAGGAUUAAGGAACCGUUUACACCACUUUCAAACUGUGCUUAGAGGAACUAAUGAUACACAUCAAGGAGGUGGAUUCAUUCAAAUGGAAUGAUGGACAGCAGAGCAUCAUCAGAUUGCCUACUAAGCUUGCUGUUGCUGUGAGAGAUUUUCAGAUCAUGGAUUAGAUUGAAAGACGGGGAAGUUGGAGAUAGCGAACUGCUGCUUAUGUGAUAUAGUGAUGAGGAGAUUCUGAACCAUUUGCUCUGCAGAUAUAGUGCAUAUUUUUAUGAAGAAACUUCAAACAUAUGUCGACUAUUUGCCUGCUCUGUUAAGUACUGUAACUCUCAGUAUUCUCUAGAUGCGUCGGCUAUCGGGAGGUGUUACUUACAUGUGUGCCCGCAAUAAUUGUUAAUUAUUUGCCUGCUCUGUUAAGUACUGUAACUCUCAGUAUUCUCUAGAUGCGUCGGCUAUCGGGAGGUGUGCAGAGUGUGUAGAAUUCUGUUGAAUCAAUCCAUUGUCCUUCGCCAA